ACACGUUGUGAAAGUUAUUACGCAUGAAUUAGGGCCUACUGUAUGGAACGAAUGCCAAUCAAAAUAGCAGUUGAGUUCAAGCUGUGUCGAAGAAAAAGGCCCUAUUAUUUGAAAUGUUAACAAUGCUAGUUUUUAGUGGUGGGUGUGAGCGUCCAGUACUCUACCAUACCUUCGAGGUGUAGCGUGAAGCGCUGCGCGUAUGGAAACGGGUGGACGGACACUUCAACCACAGAGCGAACCUCGCGGUGAGGAAUGAGCACAUGACUGAACUGAACGCUGUUGCUGCGCCCGUACUAUUGGAUUUAUCCGUGAUUAUUAGUAAUUCCCGAGGACAGUUUCGUAACAUUUAGGAUAUAUCUACUGGUUCGUGUUCUUUAAAAGCUUUGGGAAACAUAUCUCACUUCUCUCGGUUCUAUAAAGGUGGAUGUAAUGUGCUGUGAGGUUAAAGGUUAAAGAGCGGCCGGCCACUCGCUCUCGAGCAAGCUCCUCCUGAAACCAACCACCUGGAGUCAUUAACAGGUACAUGAUGGGGUCCAGGGAGCCUUCAGCACAGGGAACAGCCAUGGAGGGGGACUGUCUCAGCUGUAUCAAGUACCUCAUGUUCUUCUUCAACUUCCUCAUUUUUUUAGGAGGCUCUUUCCUGCUUGGUGUGGGUGUGUGGGUACUGGUGGACCCUAUGGGCUUCAGGGAGAUCAUAGCAGCCAACCCUCUGCUCUUCACUGGGGUCUACAUCAUCCUGGCCAUGGGGGCAAUGCUCUUCCUCCUCGGCUUCCUGGGCUGCUGUGGAGCCAUCCGGGAGAACAAGUGUCUGCUGCUCUUUUUCUUCCUGCUCAUCCUGGUCAUCUUCCUGGCAGAGUUAGCAGCAGCCAUCUUGGCCUUCGUAUUCCGGGAGCAUCUCACCAGAGAGAAGUUUACCAGAGAUCUGAAGAGACACUACCAGGGACACAACAACACCGACGUCUUCACCUCCACGUGGAACGCCCUCAUGACCACCUUUGACUGCUGUGGGGUGAACAGCCCGGAUGACUUUGAGGAGAGCCUGUUCAGGCUCCUCAGCCCAGACAAGGUGGUUCCUGGGGUGUGUUGCCAGGGCAACGGUCACCCUGGAGAUGCGGUGGAUGACCUCAGCAGGGACGAGUGUCUGAGGGGAAGCAUGGAGCUCCGCUACAACAAGGGUUGUUAUUCAGCGGUGGUGGAUUAUUUUGAGACGUAUAUCUACAUGGCAGGAGCUCUGGCCAUUGUUGUCCUGACGAUUGAACUGUUUGCCAUGGUGUUUGCCAUGUGUCUGUUCAGAGGAAUUGACCAGUAACCCUGACAACACACACAACCCCAGGAAGACACUCAACAGAGGGACACAGACUGACGAAGGAGAAGAGAGCCUGAAGAGAACCACCUGUAGAUUAUAAAUCAGAUGUUAGGAGAAUAGAGACUGUAGAUUAUAAAUCAGAUGUUAGGAGAAUAGAGACUGUAGAUUAUAAAUCAGAUGUUCGGAGAAUAGAGACUGUAGAUUAUAAAUCAGAUGUUCGGAGAAUAGAGACUAAAGAUAUCCACCUGUAGAUUAUAAAUCAGAUGUACAGUAUUUGUAUUUUUAUGUUUCAGGUUUGAUGAUAGGAGAACAGUGACUUGUACCUCACAGCUGGACCUCUGAGGUGCUGUUCAGGCCAGGACAUUGUAGACCA